AUGCAAAUCCGGGCAGUUCACGCGGAGACGCGCAUCUCUGCGCUGCGCGACUUGAUACGAGAUCACCCACUUGGGAUAUUGACGACUGCCAUUCCUUCAGAUAAAUAUGCAUUGAUCCAAUCCUCACAUAUUCCAUGGGUUCUUGACGUUCAAGAUGAGAGCAGCGAAAGCCAGCUCGGCUGUCUGCGAGGACAUGUGGCGAAAGGAAACCCCCAGAGCAAAGCUAUGAUUGAUUCAUUAGUGUCGCCUGAACGCAAAUUUGAUGCACCGAAUACGCUUGAGCAAGAGGUUUUGGUCCUUUUCACGAACCCAGUGCACUCCUAUGUCACUCCAAAGUUCUACACCGAAACAAAGCCAUCCACGGGCAAGGUGGUUCCUACAUGGGACUACAUGGCAGUACAGGCGUAUGGCAAGGCAACUAUCUAUCACGACUCCAAGGCCCCUGAAACCGGUGACUUCCUGUCGAGGCAGAUUGUAGACUUGACCAACCACAUGGAACACCACACCAUGGGUCACACUGGCACCGAUGGCAGACCUAAGCCAUGGCUCGUUUCUGAAGCACCGGAGUCCUACGUUGAAAUAUUAAAGAAGGCGAUUAUCGGCAUUGAAAUUAAGAUUGAGCGCUUGGAGGGUGUUACGAAGAUGAGCCAAGAAAGGGGAGAAGCUGACAGGCUUGGGGUUAUUCAGGGGUUCACGGACUUGAACUCUGCUUUGGGUCGAGAUAUGGCUAAGCUGGUUAACGAACGUCAUGAGAUGAAAAAGACUGGCUAG